AUGGAAAAGUUUGAUAUAACAUCUAAAGAGAAAGAAGUUGAUGAUUCUAAACAGGUUGAGGAGAGAAUAUCCAAAAGAAAAUUAUUACCUCGUCAAGUUUCUUUAAUUGGGAUUGGAGGUGCAAUAGGAACUGGUCUUUUCGUUAGUAUUGGAACACAACUAACACAUGGUGGUGGUGCUUCUUUAUUAAUUGCAUUUUGCUUUUGGACUACUGUAUUUAUGGGUGCUUCCAAUUCUAUCCAAGAAUUAUGUACUUUUUUACCAGUUUCCGGUUCAUUUGUUCAUUAUACCGAACGAUUCGUUGAUGAAAGUUGUGGGUUUGCUAUAGGUUGGGUUUAUUAUUUAACACAAAAUGCUAAUUUAUGUUUUGAAUUGACAGCCAUUUGUCUUGUUAUUGAAUUUUGGACAAGUAAAGUGCCCAAAGCUGUUUGGAUUUCAGUUUUUCUAAUAUUAUAUGUUUUAUUAAACUGUUUUAGUUUAUUUAUGUUUGGUGAAGGUGAAUUUUAUUUAUCAAUGGGUAAAGUUAUCUUGGCUAUUGGAUUAAUUAUUUUCACAAUAGUUGUUAUGUCUGGUGGUAAUCCUGAACAUAAAGUUUUAGGGUUUCACAAUUUUGCUCAUAAACCAUUUGUUGAAUAUUUAGAUACUGGUUCAAUGGGUAAAUUCCAUGGAUUUAUGGCUUGUUUAAUCUUUGCAACUUAUGUUUUUUGGGGGAUUGAUUAUUUAUCAUUAGCUGCACAAAAUGCUAUAGAUCCUCGUAAAACAAUGCCUAGAUCAUUUAACAAAGUCUUAGCAAGAUUAGUUAUUUUUUAUAUUGGUGGGGCAUUAUGUGUUGGUAUUUUAUUACCUUCAGAUGAUCAAACAUUAUUAGAUGCAAUUUCUGAACAUGCUGGUAAUGCUGCAGCUUCACCAUAUACAGCAGCUUGUGUUAAUUUAAAAGUUUCAGUUUUACCACAUAUUAUAAAUGCAUUAAUUUUAACCUCAAUUGUUAGUGCAGGAAAUUCAUCAUUAUUUUCUGCAACUAAGGCAUUACAAAGAUUAGCUUUAAGUGGGAAAGCUCCAAAGAUCUUUGCAUAUACCACACGUCGGGGAGUUCCAAUAUAUUGUGUUGGUAUGGUUUUAAUCAUUUCUUUAUUGGCAUACUUGAAUGUUUCAAAUGGUACAAAUAAAGUGUUGACAUGGUUUUUAAACGUUGAAACAGCUGGUAUGUUGAUUGUUUAUAUUUUCAUUUGCAUUUCUUACCUAAGAUAUAGAGCUGGGUUAAAAGCUCAAGGUUUUAAUAGAGAUGAAUUCAUCCCAUAUAAAGGAUGGGGUUUACCCUUUUUCACUUGGUGGUCAUUAUUUUGGUUUUCUUUAAUGUUAUUGAUGGAUGGAUAUACUGUUUUCUUAAAAGGUAACUGGGAUAUACAAAGUUUUGUUUUCAGCUAUUUCAUGAUUGCAUUUUUCAUUGUUUUAUUUGUUGGUCACAAAAUUUUCUAUAGAAAAGGUUUUAUUAGGGCAAGUGAAAUGGAUUUUGUUAGUGAUAUUGCUGAAUUAGCUGAAGAAGAUGAAUAUUGGCGCACUCAUGGCUAUAAAUUGACCAAAUUUGAUAAGGCAUUUGGGAAAUUUUUAUAA